CACAAACAUUGUUAAGCUUGCCAGUCGAUUGAAAGGGCUCUUGUUUUGCGCUCAAGAUUUUCACGGUAGAUUCGUGGGCAAUACCUGUUACGGCCCCCCACUGAUUUCUUUUGGCGCACACCACACACCCCUGCUGCCUCAAAACAUAAUAUUUAUUGCUAGGUGUAGCUAAGUUACAGUAGCACGCCUCCCCCCAGAGACCAAAACAACGCUGGGCUCCUCUUUUAUCCUCCUCUUCCCCGAUCCUCUCUUGUCCUCCAACAACCAACAACAACAAACACCCUUUCACAUCUCGCCCUGUGUUUUUUUAAACCUCCUCCUCCUAUCGUCAAGUGACGCAUAGUCGAGCUCCCGUCCCUCUUCCACUAUUUCCCACAGCAUUGAGCGCUUCGCGGUGGUCUCGUGCGUAACCAACAACAUCAACAUUGCGCUCCGACUACACUCAACAGCCUUCAGAAACGGUAUUUUAACUUGGCACUGUCGAAACGGCUCCCUCGUUGUUACGAAGCGAAGAACGGAUUACGAGCCACGUUGCAAUGGCGCCUUCCUACCAUCGGUCUUCCCAAAACAUGGGACAGAUUGUCGAAUAUAUUCCUGACCGGCUCUAUCUUGCUGCCUACGUUCAUCCCCCAACAGCAGACACCCCUUUCACUGGUCCAACGGAGACGCCUAGAAAGCGCCGCGCUGGUGCCCAUUCGUCUACGCCUUCGUUGAGCAAUAAGAACCCGCCAUGUUAUUUCACUGUCGAUGAUACACUUCUCUAUAAUGCCUUCCAUCAUGAUUUCGGACCUCUACAUAUCGGCCACCUCUAUCGUUUUGCAAUUCGAUUCCACGACAUCUUAGGUGCUAAGGAGAACAAGGACCGUCCCGUUGUAUUCUGGAGCGCGGCUGAUCCUAGAAGUCGCGCCAAUGCUGCAUGCAUGCUUGCGUGCUAUAUGGUGCUGAUCCAAAACUGGCCACCUCAUUUAGCCCUCGCACCAAUCGCUCAAGUUGAUCCUCCCUUGAUGCCGUUCCGGGAUGCCGGAUACAGCCAGGCUGAUUAUGGCAUUACCGUCCAAGACAUUGUUUACGGUGUUUGGAAAGCCAAGGAGGAAAAGUGUAUUGAUUUGGACAAUUUUGAUCUUGACGAAUACGAGCGCUAUGAGCGCGUCGAGCAUGGCGAUUUCAACUGGAUUACCCCCAACUUUCUUGCAUUUGCGUCUCCUCAGCACACACCGGUUGCCAAGAUUACAGAGGAUUCAGAACUCUUCCCACUGCUACCACGGGAUCUCGACGCCGUCAAUUCUCACCCUACUCUUCCCCAGCCAUUCAAGAAUGUACUAUGCCACUUCUCGGAGCGCAACAUUGGCCUGGUUGUUCGCCUCAACUCUCAUCUUUACUCCCCGUCCUAUUUUGAGGCACUGGGUAUUCAGCAUCUCGACAUGAUUUUCGAUGACGGAACGUGCCCCCCCCUCACGACUGUACGCAAGUUUAUCCGCUUGGCCCACGAAACCAUCACCGUUAAGAAGAAGGGUAUCGCAGUUCACUGCAAAGCUGGUCUUGGACGAACUGGUUGCCUCAUCGGUGCCUAUCUCAUCUACCGUCAUGGAUUUACCGCCGACGAGAUCAUCUCCUUUAUGCGCUUUAUGCGACCCGGCAUGGUUGUAGGACCCCAGCAGCACUGGCUGCAUCUCAAUCAAGGCACCUUCCGAGAAUGGUGGAUUGAGGAGCGCGUUGAGCGUAGAAUGAGGAGAGAGUUAGCUGCUUCCAACCCAUCCCCCAGUACCCCCAUUCGCGCCAUACAAAAGUCGGCACUGCGUGCCGGCCAGGCCACGCCGCCCAACCGCAGCCCUUCGAAUCGUACACCGCUCAGCGAAGUUGACCACGAGAGACACAAUCACGGUCAGACACAGGAAGAUUAUCUUCCCGCCCCAACACCCGGCCAGCCCCGCAAAACUGCUCGUGCUGAUCGUCACCAUCCUUAUCAGAGAUCGACGUCCUUCCAGGCAACUCUUGAAGAGGAUGACGCUGUUCACCAGGACGUAGAUGCUCUACCGACAGCAUCCCGCGCCGACUCUGAUGAAGAGGUCCACGUACGCGUUCGGAACCAUCGCAAGGCUCCUGCAUCUCCGAGUCGAAGCAAAUCACGUGCUGUGAGCCAGACAGUGUCGUCCGUCUAUACGAUUGAUAACGAUGCGUCACGAGAUGCCGAGAAUAUUGGAGCUGGUAGGCCGAAGACUACUGACCGUGUCGCCAGCACUCCUGCGUCUAUGUCAAAAAUUCGCAGCAGCAGACGCCACGAUUCUGAAUCCCCUCUCCGGGUUAAGGAGUCUUCCGGUGUUCGCAAGACCAGCGGCCGUGUUGGCAGUAUCGGUGGCGGAGCUUCUGCCACGGCGAUUACUACAGCCCGCAAAGUCUCGGGGGCAUAGGAAGUACGACCCCGACGACGUAGCUUCGAGGCAGUCUAAUUUGGCGAUAUGAUACUUGUGAAUGACCUAACGACUCACACGCGCGAUGUUGUACGAUUGUAUUCAUGUUUUGCCUGCAAUCAUGUGCAUUUCGAAGGACAUUGAGAGUUUUGAAAAGGCGCUAUGCCCAGCAUUGUUUUUGUUUGCUUUUGCAACAAGAGAUGUUUGACAAGGUUGGAAGGGUGUGAUGGAGAUUUGGUGUUUUGAGCACGGAGUCUUACGAUAUUGUUUUGAUGCAUUGCUUUUUCUUUGGGUUGCGUUUUGCUUGCAAUUUUGGGCAUUUGGGUAACCACGUUUUCUUAUGCUGUAUUUUCUAUUUUUCUUCUCUUUUGCGUUUUUUAUAAUGCUCGUCUUAAUGGCGAGAAGGGGUUCCAAAGCGCUUCGUCGGACGGAAUACGCGUCUUGUUCGAGACGCAAUUUACAUAUAACGUAUCGAAUUGGCAUGAACUCAACAGUACUUUAUUCUAUAAAUCUAUGAUCAUAAGAUUUUAUGUGUUUUUCAAGUUCGGCGACUUUUGGUGCAUCUCCAUUUAUAUGGACACCCUAAACGCGGAUACUUUCUAGGGCUGUAACAACCUCCUCCAUCAAGUUACCAGCAUCGCUGCUGGUUACGUCGGGGCCAACCUUAAGGCACUUUUCCACGACAUCUCUAUAUCGGCGGCCAGCUUUACUUCCAAGGCCAGGGACCAAGACGGCAAGAACAACCUUGUCUCGCCAUCGCUCAGCCGAGUAAUGAGGUUUGUGAUAUGUUUGAAGGACUUUCCAUAAGCCAAUUUCGAGAAGCACCAGACCCAAGCUAUAAAUAUCAAAGCUCUUGCAGUAGGGGGUUGUGCCCCGCCGAGAAUCAGGAUGGCGAUGCAAGUCUAAAAUGGAUGGAUUUUUGGGGACAACAGACAGGGCAAUGUCCAGGUCUGGGCGUGAGGCAUCAAAGCCGCUGAGAAACGGUGAUGAAAUGUCGGGCACAAGAGCGGCCGAAGCUGUUGAAGACUGCGCAGCUGAGGAAAAUGCAGAUGGAAAGAAUAGGAUAUUCGACGCACAAAGGCUCUUGUGCAGCCAGUCUAACGAAUGGAGAGACCAGAGAGAAACGGCGAGCGUCUUGGCAAGUUUGAUGCGUUCGUCUAGGUCUGGAGUUUUAAGGUCUGACGACGAGAUGAGGGCAUGCAGUGUUGAGAACGACGGUGCUGGUGCAUUGUAGACCAGACCGUAUCGCCCGUUGACCUUAUCAUCGGUGUAACCUACACAGUCGAUAGAGUGUAGGUCAGGGUGAGAUGACGAGGCCGAAUGCAUCAUCUUGGCAAGAUCGUCGAGCCGUUUCACGUGGGCAAAGCGCUCUUCGAACUCAUCCGCAUCAUAGUGCACCCACUCAACCACCACGUCCCCAACGAGUUCAUGCCGGGCGUGGCAUCUACCGCUCACUAUGCCGGUUGUGGCGCAUGUUGGAUCUGGGGUGCUCAGCUCAAGAGCGGCGCGAGGCACUUUGAGAGCAAACGUGGGCUUGAAUGCCGACUGGGGUUUCGAGUCGAGGUUAAUGCGCAGUUUUUUGAGGUUGGCUGAAGCAUUUAGCUGUGGAUAUAUGCCAGAUGAGGCGUUUUCUAGAAGUGACAGCUGGGCAAGAUCGCGCUCGGCAGAGUCUAGAAGGCGAUUUGUCCAUGCACGGUGGAUGGAAGGGAGUUGGGAGGGUGGGAAGAGGUUCUCUAGUCCGUCGUUGAAGU